AUGGAGAUGAGUUUGGUGGAUGUUCAUCAUACGACAAAUGAUGCAAUAUGGUGCAUAGUUAUUGUCGGAAUCGUAAGCGUGUGUUACCAUGUGUAUGGCAAAGAGGUGGUGGAGCUGUGGAGGAUGCGGAGGAGUCUAAAGACGCAAGGCGUGGAUGGUCCUCCACCGUCGUUAUUUAACGGCAAUGUCUCGGAGAUGCAACGGAUCCAGUCGGAGGCUAAACACUGUUCCGGCGAUAACAUCAUUUCUCAUGACUACUCUUCUUCUCUCUUUCCUCAUUUCGCUCACUGGCGAAAACAAUACGGGAGAGUCUACACAUACUCGACUGGAUUAAAGCAGCACCUUUACAUAAACCAUCCGGAAAUGGUGAAGGAGCUUAGCCAAACCAACACACUUAACCUUGGAAGAAUCACUCACAUCACCAAACGCCUUAACCCCAUUCUUGGCAAUGGCAUCAUCACCUCUAAUGGGCCUCAUUGGGCUCAUCAACGUCGUAUCAUUGCCCAUGAGUUUACCCAUGACAAAAUCAAGGGAAUGGUUGGUUUGAUGGUGGAAUCUGCCAUGCCAAUGUUGAACAAAUGGGAAGAUAUGGUGAAAAGAGGAGGUGAACUAGGGUGUGACAUAAGAGUGGACGAAGACCUUAAAGAUGUAUCGGCUGAUGUCAUCGCUAGGGCUUGCUUUGGGAGCUCUUUUUCAAAAGGCAAAGCAAUAUUCUCUAUGAUUAGGGAUCUUUUAACGGCCAUUACUAAACAGAGCGUCCUCUUCAGAUUCAAUGGCCUCGCUGAUAUGGUGUUUGGGAGUAAGAGGAAGCAAGGUGAUGUGAACAUUGAUGCGCUUGAGAUGGAACUGGAAUCUUCGAUAUGGGAAACCGUGAAGGAGAGGGAAACUGAAUGUGAGGAACCUCACAAGAAGGAUCUAAUGCAGUUGAUACUCGAGGGAGCUAUGCGUAGCUGCGAUGGUAACUUGUGGGACAAGUCAGCCUAUAGACGUUUUGUUGUGGACAAUUGCAAAAGCAUCUACUUCGCUGGACAUGACUCAACCGCGGUGUCUGUGUCCUGGUGCCUUAUGCUCCUCGCUCUCAAUCCUAGUUGGCAGAUUCGAAUUCGUGAUGAAAUCUUGAGUUCUUGCAAGAAUGGCAUCCCCGACGCAGAAUCCAUUCACAACCUUAAAACGGUGACAAUGGUAAUACAAGAAACAAUGAGACUAUACCCACCAGCACCAAUCGUGGGAAGAGAAGCAUCUACAAACAUAAGACUCGGAGACCUUGUGGUACCAAAAGGAGUGUGCAUUUGGACACUCAUUCCAGCUUUACACCGAGACCCCGAGAUCUGGGGACCAGACGCAAACGACUUCAAGCCAGAGAGGUUCAGUGAAGGGAUAUCUAAAGCAUGCAAAUACCCUCAGUCAUACAUCCCAUUUGGCCUCGGACCAAGAAUAUGCUUAGGCAAAAACUUUGCAAUGAUGGAAGUCAAAGUCCUCGUUUCACUUAUUGUCUCAAAGUUUAGUUUCACUCUGUCUCCGAGCUAUCAACACUCUCCAAGCCAUAAACUCCUUGUAGAGCCUCAACAUGGUGUUGUCAUUAGGAUUGUUUGACUGUGAGAGAGAUGUUGUGUUGUG